GAUACGAUGCACUUUCAAUGGUUCCAGGAACAGUGACACCCUUCACCAACAUGAUCAGAGACAAACUAAUUCCGAGCGCUAUUUUCUCAAUCCAACUCCGCCCAGCGCGCCUUGGCUCGCGUUUAGGUGGAAUUAUCAUGUUUGGCGGCAUUGACCCGAAUCUUUAUUUAGGGAAUAUUAUAUACGCUCCUGUGACCAAAAAGCUCUUUUGGCAAAUCGCAAUUAAUUCUAUUAGCUUAGCUGACAAGACGCUUGGAGGGGUAAACCAACAGGUUGUUGUCGAUUCCGGGGCUACCAUGCUUAUUGUCGGUACUCAAGUUGCUCAAGCUAUUCAUUCCAAAUUGGGUGGAGGCUUUGACCCUAAAUCAGGAUAUUGGACACUGCCUUGUGCUGCCGUAAGAAAUCAAUAUAACAACCUGGUCAUCAAUAUUGGUGGUGCUUCAUUCAGAAUCAAUCCCUCUGAUUUGGUGAGGGAGAAAAUGCGAGGUAACAUAUGUUAUUCGGGCAUUACCGGUACAGACGAAGCUACUUGGGUUCUUGGUGGCACCUUCUUGAAGAAUGUAUACGUGGUAUUUGAUAGAGAAAAAGAUCGAGUAGGGUUUGCAUUACCGCGUUAUCCGGACUAUUAA